UUCCACAACGCGUGCGUAACGUAUGUAUGCGACCCCAGAACGGACUGCUCCCUGCUGAUCUCAUCGGUUAAUGGACUAAUGAAAGGAUGAGGGUUUGAGAAAACACCUUAUUGUUACCGAAUACCGUGAAGCCAGUGUAAUGCGAUAGUGAAAAGAUAUUGUCUCUCUCGCCACGCGCAUGGCGCGUUAGGGGAAACUGCAGGCUACAGCUGUCUGUCCGGUCAGCUGUUUUUAUUUACCGAGAGACAGCAGCAUCAAUAGGAGGGCACGAGACCACAGACUAGUCUAUACCGGCGCCCCGGACCCCCACAGACCAGACCACCAGGACUAAGAGAGAGGAGGGCAGAGAGAGAGAGAGAGAGAGAGAGAGAGAGGAUGGAGUUUAAGCAGCUGGUGGAGGUGGCGGAGAAAUGGUGUUCGUCUGUUCCGUUCGAUCUGAUCUUUGCGGAGGAGGAUGAUGAGAGGAGACUGGACUUCUACGCAGAACCGGGAAUCUCCUUCUAUGUCCUUUGUCCCGAUAACAUGACGGGAGGGACCGAGAAUUUCCAUGUAUGGAGUGAGAGUGAGGACUGCCUGCCGUUCCUACAGCUAGCCCAGGACUACAUCUCCUCCUGCGGGAAGAAAACACUGCUAGAGGUCCUGGACAAAGUCUUCACUUCCUUUAGACCUUUGCUGGGUCUACCAGACAUAGAUGAUGAGACGUUUGAGCAGUACCAUGCAGGCGUGGAGGAGGAACCAGGGCCGGACCACCAGCAGAUGGGAGUCAGCCAGCAGUGAUGUCCGACCGGGCCACAAUAAUUACCCACACCUCUGGUUUCAUCCCCUGCAUCAAUACACAGGCCCAACGACCCUGUAGCGACUAUACAAAGUCAUAAUGUAUACUCAGAUUCAUAAUGUACACAUACACACACACACACACACACACAGGACAGCCGGACAGCCAGCCUGCUGAAAUGUACCAUUGCGUUCUUUAACUUAUCAAAAGCUUUGCUCUCCAGAUAUUGCACUCCUUCUCAUGUCACACGCGCACACACACACACACACACACACACACACACACACACACACACCUGUGUCAUACAACAUUAUUAUUAAUGUCAUUCAUACAGCAGGCUACAACAUUACUAUAGUUUAUAUUACUAACCACCACCAUGCUGGUUCUAGCAUGAUAAGCAUGACACUCUCCAACCUUGCUCAGCAUAUCCACCUAAAGACAAACAAUCAACUAGUCUAGCAGCAACAACAUACUCCCUCCCCAGCCUGGCCACCCAGACAUAGCAGAGCACUGUCACUGUCAACCAUGUAACACCUGACUGGAACCAUCCACUGUACCACACAAUGCUAGCCAAACCAGCACAUUGUUGUGACCUUGUAAAAAUGUUAGCGGUGAAAAUAGAGGGAGGAAUAGAGCAGAAAUGUAAUCCUAUGUUAUAAACUGUCCCUUAUGUACUGCUGUGAAGUUGGCCAAGAGCUGCUGUAUCUGUGUGUUUAUUUCAUAGUGUGUGUGUGUGUGUGUGUUUUGUGUGUUUGUGUGUGUGUGUGUGUGUGUGUGUGUGUGUGUGUGUGUGUGUGUGUGUGUUUGUGCGUGUUUUGUGUGUGUGUGUGUGUCACCACCAUCAGUGCACUGCUACGCUUUUACUAUCCCCACGGACCUGAAGGAGUAGGAUGAAGUUGUUUUUAGACACUGAUCCAAGGUCAUUUUCCCCCGUUAUUGGGAUUGGGGAAAGGAAACUGUUCCUAGAUCUGUGUCUACAGGCAACGUCUACCUGCAGCAGCCUUCUUCCACCUUACUAAACUAGGCCUACACUUGUUACUCUCUCUGAACAUGGCAACUACGAUAGAUGUAAGUCUCUCUCCGAAUGCUUUUAAGUCUUUACUUAUGAACAUCAUUUUUAGUUACAUUAUUUAACUGAAUGUUUGUCAUGCUAAUGUGUGUUUUUAUGUUCUGUCCUCCAGUGUGUGUGAAGGUAUUCAAUAAAACAAAUGUGUGGAGGGA